GUGAAGCAGCAGGGCUUGAGACAAGCCUUUCCUUGGCCUCAUACUUUCAAGAGCCACGAAAGACACCCUGGAUUCCACUAUGGACAGCCUCCUGAUGAACAGGAGAAAGUUUCUUUACCAUUUCAAAAAUGUCCGCUGGGCUAGGGGUCGCCAUGAGACCUACUUGUGCUACGUGGUCAAGCGGCGAGACAGUGCUACCUCCUUUUCGCUGGACUUUGGUUAUCUUCGAAAUAAGUCAGGUUGUCACGUGGAGUUGCUCUUCCUUCGCUACAUCUCCGACUGGGACCUGGACCCUGGCCGGUGCUACCGCGUCACCUGGUUCACCUCUUGGAGUCCCUGCUACGACUGUGCCCGGCACGUGGCUGACUUUCUGAGAGGGAACCCCAAUCUCAGUCUGAGGAUCUUCACCGCACGCCUCUACUUCUGUGAGGACUUCAAGGCUGAGCCCGAGGGACUGCGGCGGCUACACCGCGCCGGGGUCCAAAUCGCCAUCAUGACCUUCAAAGAUUAUUUUUAUUGCUGGAAUACUUUUGUGGAAAACCGUGAACGAACUUUCAAAGCCUGGGAGGGGCUGCACGAAAACUCAGUUCGUCUAUCCAGACAGCUUCGACGCAUCCUUUUGCCCCUAUAUGAGGUUGAUGACUUACGAGACGCAUUUCGUACUUUGGGACUUUGAUACCAACCUCCAAGAAUGUCACUUACAAUGAAAUAUCUCUGAAAUAGUGGGUAAAAGAACAAUCCUUCAAGAAUUGGUUUUUCUUCAGCUCUCAAUUUCAUAGAGCUUAGCGAAAUAAUAUUCAUAUAUGUGACUUUUAAAAAAUAAUAUGUCUUAAAAAUAGAGAAGGAACACAGGCCCGCGAGGGGAACGCUGAACUGGUGCGGUUUUUAAUGCAACAACGUCCCCUACUGGGAAACGACAGAACUGCAGGGUCUGGGACCAGGGAGAAAGGAGAAGGUAAAUCCUUAAAAGCAAGGUGUGGGGAGGAUCAUGUGUUUUCACGAUCUGUAUCCUUUAUUAUUUGACUCAUACUGAGUUUCCGAUGGCAUCAGAGAUAAAUUUUUCCUUUUCCCUUUGGGGUUCACUUUCAAGUGAACCAACUUCGAUCAUGUCAUGCUCUAUGGAAACUCCUAAUGAGAGAAUCUGGGUAAUUGUAACCCCAAGCCAUCUCUUCAAAGCAUUACUAUCCCAGCAUGUGCUAUGUUUUAAUUAUCUGAGGCAUGUAUUUAUAUUUGUACCUAAGAGCAUUUUUUUCUUAGUAUAGAAUAUGCAUGGUCACCUUCAGGCUACUUUAUAAUAAAGAAUAUGAGGACUGUGAAGAUGACACCCAAAAUGAGUUGAUGUUCCCGGUAACAAAUCUGGAAAUACACAUCCUUUUAAAGUAGUCCAUAGUUUAGAAUCCACACCAAAACUUUACAUGUGGUAAUUAAUGAGUGCUUGGAAGGAAGUGGCUUGUGUAUUGAGAAGAGAAAAAUCUUUGCUGUGGGUCUUUUAACCUCAGCAGUGUCCACCAGGUCAGAGUUUUCCACUUUUUGUAUGUACAUGAUGCUUCUCUCAAAAAAUGUUCACUGUAUAAGAGAGUGUAACAGAAGAGAAUAAUAUUUGGGAGUGAAGGAUGACAGAACAAUGCAAGGAAAUAAUAUUUUAUCCAGCAAAAUAUAGUGAGCCAACAUGGCGGAGAGUUCCUAUUUGUCUCUAACAAUUAUCUUUGUGAGAAAAAUAUUCAGAAUAACCAUAUCACUGUGCAAUUGUAACCCAGCAACCCUUGCAAUACAGAUAAGCAGAUCCACAGGGAAAGUUGAAUGCACAAUUAUAUUGCUUUAAUCUUAUUGUACAUAAAUUUGUGAGUUAAAUAUUAAAAAUCCUUAUUUUGUGUACUCAUUCAUAUUUUAUAUUAUGCUAUAUAGUAUCUAAUAUUCUUGUUAUAAUAUCAUUUUCAGAUAUAUUAAAAUGGAUUCCUUAAUGUCUCAAAUUUAUACCUUUAGAAAUGAUUCUAAUAAAGUACAUAAUUGUAACAUAGUCUAACAUUGUCAUAAUAUUGCAAUGAAACCAUUCUCUUGAUUUUUAGUAAAUUUUUCUUACAGGAAUUUUGAUUCUGGCUCAUUUCAAUCAACUGAAUAAAUGAUAAAUAAUUUUGGAAGUUUUGGA